CGGGACGUGAGUGGGCGUGGUGGGCUUUGUCACGUAGCUGCUGUUUCUUCCUCCGUUUCUUCUUCACUACGUGAUAUUGACUUGGAGGGAAGUGAACGUCGCAAAGGAAAGGACUAAAUAGAAGAAAGGAGCAGACACAACAACAUUACCCCCAAAAGCUGCCUCUGGAGCAGUGAAGUGUCUUCAUGGCAGUUCGUAGAGGACACAUAAAGUACAUGAAAGCCGAUCUGCAGGAGGCGUUUGACAUGUCGAACGGUUACGAAGAGCACAUGGGAGGGGACGAGGGGAAGGACUCCAAGACCAACCUGAUCGUGAACUACCUGCCUCAGAGCAUGUCGCAGGACGAGCUGCGGAGCCUCUUCAGCAGCAUCGGAGAGGUGGAGUCCGCCAAGCUGAUUCGAGACAAAGUCGCAGGCCACAGUUUAGGGUACGGAUUUGUUAACUAUCUUAACCCUAGUGAUGCAGACAGAGCUAUCAGUACACUGAACGGACUAAGGCUACAGUCCAAAACUAUCAAGGUUUCAUACGCACGGCCCAGCUCUGACACCAUAAAGGAUGCCAACCUGUACAUCAGCGGCCUGCCGAAGGCCAUGACCCAGAAGGACGUGGAGGACAUGUUUUCACGCUUUGGACACAUCAUUAACUCCCGUGUGCUUGUGGACCAGGCCACAGGUACGACAGGCGCUUCCCGCGGGGUGGCUUUCAUCCGGUUUGACAAGCGGGCGGAGGCAGAGGAAGCCGUCAAAACUCUGAAUGGGCAAAAACCACCCGGAGCCGCUGAGCCAAUCACAGUGAAGUUUGCAGCCAACCCAAACCAGGUGAAGAACACGCAGAUCAUCUCUCAGCUCUACCACAACCAGUCCCGGCGCUUCGGAGGGCCCGUGCACCACCAGGCGCAGCGCUUCAGGUUUUCUCCGAUGGGCGUUGAUCACAUGAGCGGCGUGGGGAACGCCAAUGUUCCCGGGAACUCCAACUCCGGCUGGUGCAUCUUCAUCUACAACCUGGGCCAGGACGCCGACGAGAGCAUCCUCUGGCAGAUGUUCGGCCCGUUCGGCGCCGUCACCAACGUCAAGGUGAUCCGAGACUUCAACACCAACAAGUGCAAGGGCUUCGGCUUCGUCACCAUGUCCAACUACGAGGAGGCGGCCAUGGCCAUCGCCAGCCUGAACGGCUACCGGCUCGGAGACAAGAUGCUGCAAGUGUCCUUUAAGACCAGCAAGGGCCACAAGUAAAGAGAGCGGGACAAUCGGGUGUAGAGGAGAGAUGGAGGAGACCUGCGCCAGGCUGUUAUAGCAGAGAGCAGAAGUACGCAUUUUCAAAGUCUGGCACAUCUGUUUGAUUUUUAGUGUAUUCAGAGUUAAACGAGAUGUUCACUCUUCUGCACCUUUGUACUUGUCUAAAAGAGUGUUGAGGCUUUUUUUUUUCUCAUCUUUUUAUACUCAUGCUAGAGGCUUGAGAGACACUCGGUAGUUUUAAUGUUUAGUGGGGGGGUGGAGAGGGUGAAAUCCCAUGAUUCCCCCGGAUAACUUUUUGAAAAUUAUCUAAAAAUACUGUCCGUAUCUGUUGCAUGUUUAACUGUGGGGACUAGAUAAAGGAGGCCGGCAAAUGGUUCUGAGCACUGCACAAAAAAAAAUAAGGAAGGUCCCACAUUGUUCUCAAAGUGUUGACAUGUUAGUGGAUGAAAAAAAAAAAAAAUGCGACGGACAUUUUUCUUGCCAGUGGUUGUUUUGGAAAAGCAGUGCUCUGUUCUGGAUCCUCGUCAUAAGUAGAGCUAGAAGCCUUAAACGAUCAUCCAGUGGAGACUCAGACCUACAGCACUGCUCACCGUCUCGAGUCAAUCUAAGAGCAAAGCACUUUUAACUUAUCUGCUUUCGGUUACUUUGAAUAUCAGUCUUUUUGAUGUUAAUCCGGGACUCUCGCUCAUCCUCCAACCGUUUUAAAACACGACUAACUCUGUAGGGAAAUGUUUCUGUUUUUGUUAUCCCCGUGUAAAGUGUCUUUUCAUUAUAAGUUGCAUUUCAGGAGAAACCUGUUGAAUAUGAACCCAAGUCGAUGAGUAUGAGAAUAAGAUGGACCAAAGGCAGGGAGAGAUUUGAUCCCUUUACUGUAGACAAACCAGAUUAAGGUAGAUAUAUACCUUAUGUUGACGUUCGAAGGUACUAUGGUAUAUCUGACGGAGAGCAACAUCACUUUGUCUCAGUAUGCCGUUUUUUUAUUUUUAUUUUUGUUCGAAAGGCAACGUUUUCUUAUCUGUUACCAACUUGUUUUUGCCAGUGCUCAUCUCAAGUUUGGAGCGAAAUGAAUGGCCUUUUGUUAAUUAUCUCAUUUUUUGAUUUCUUUUUCUUCCUUUCUUUUGUUUUGGUAGUUUCACUUUGAACAUAAACCAUUAAAUUUUAUUUCUUUUUGCCGAAAG